UCUUGAUGGGCACUUCUUCUACAUUCGCCAAUCUUACGUGCCUUUUAUAUGGAAUUUGAGCAAUUUUGCCUGCAAAUGUCUCUCUUCCUCUGAAUUUACUCGUGCUUGCUGCUUGAUAUUUGACAGAAAUGGGGGAUGCAAGAAUGUUUGGCCAACGGAUGUUUGUCGUCGCGAGCUUGCUGGUGUUACUGCUCAGAGCAGAAGGCAUCAAUGUGGGAAUCACUUAUGUCACAGAAGCUGUGGCCAAAGGAGCUGUAUGUCUGGAUGGUAGUCCUCCAGCUUACCACUUCAGUGCGGGCUCCGGCGCUGGGAUCAACAACUGGCUUGUUCAUUUCGAGGUUUUUAUGAUGCGAGUACUUGUAUGAUUUUUCACGAUAGGGAGGUGGUUGGUGCAACAAUGUCACGACUUGCCUUUCCCGUACUGACACGAGAUUAGGUUCCUCUAGAAAAAUGCUGAAAGUAGUUGCAUUCUCGGGGAUACUAAGUAAUAAACAGACACUCAAUCCAGACUUUUACAAGUGGAACCGAAUCAAGGUCAGAUACUGUGAUGGGGCUUCUUACACUGGUGAUGUGGAAGCCGUCGACCCUGCGACUAAUCUUCACUUCCGAGGGGCCAGAGUUUUCCAUGCCAUCAUCGACAAUCUGCUAGCAAGAGGGAUGAAAAAUGCUGAAAAUGCUAUAAUCUCGGGAUGUUCUGCGGGUGGCCUGACCUCUAUAUUGCACUGCGACCGCUUCCGAGCUCUUCUCCCACCGAGUACAAAAGUUAAAUGCCUUGCAGAUGCAGGUUAUUUCAUCAACGCCAAGGAUGUCUCGGGAGCGUCGCAUAUUGAAGAAUUCUACAGUCAAGUGGUUGCAACACAUGGCUCAGCGAAGAAUCUACCAACUUCCUGCACAUCAAGAUUGAACCCAGGUUUGUGCUUCUUCCCGCAAAAUGUAGUCACACAAAUUCAGACACCAAUAUUCCUUCUGAAUGCUGCAUACGAUUCGUGGCAGAUCAAGAAUAUUUUGGCACCAGGUGUUGCCGAUCCCCAUGGAACCUGGCACAGCUGCAAGCUCGACAUCGAGAAGUGUUCACCGGACCAGCUCAAAAUCAUGCAAGCUUUUCGGAUGGAAUUUCUGAAUGCAUUGAGUGGAGUCGGUAGCUCUCCAUCCACAGGGAUGUUCAUAGAUGCCUGUUACGCUCAUUGCCAAUCCGAAACACAAGAGACUUGGUUAAGGGACGACUCCCCGGAAUUAGCUAAGACAACAAUUGCAAAGGCAGUGGGAGACUGGUACUAUGACAUGAACCCCUUCCAGAAGAUUGACUGCCCUUACCCCUGCAACCCGACUUGCCACAACCACAUCCUCAACCCUAGUGAGCACCCUGAUGUUUAGAUCCUUCAAGUUGAAAUUAUUCACGGAUCGUGAAAAAUUACCUAUCAAAAACCAUACCUUAGUACAAUUCGUUCAAUGCUCUGAACGACUAUUUGAAUACACCGCACAGACAAGAAACUUAUACAAUUCAUUCAUGUACGGUAAACAUCUAGUACUGAAUUGAAUGUCUUGGAGAACAAUA